AUGGCGGCCACCUCUGAUGUCAUCGGGGCGCAUAUCAAGCAGCUGCAGAACCGAGUGCUGGUGCAGCAUGCGCCCACCGUUGCGCGCUUUAAAAGGCGCGAAAUCGACCGGCAGUGCCACGAUCUACAGACUAUGGACGCCUGCUCGGAGUACACGCUACUGGCGCCCACCAGCGACAACGGGCUUGUGGGAUGUCUUAAUUCCUGUGCGGUUUUCACCAUGCUAGAGCAAAAGCCAGUCAAAAAAAGGCAGGGACUAACUCAAGCAUACUCAGUGCUCAUAACGCUAAAGUGCGAAUUCGUGAACAUACGCGACGGGAUCACCAAGUACCUCUUCCAGGUACUCGCGGACCACGAUGCCUGCAAUCACGGAUAUUUCCACAACAUACAAGUCAAUCAAAACGGAUCGUUGCUGCUGCUCACAGCCGCAUCAGCAGUGUACGUGGCCCGCAUACCAACGGAGAUGGACCACGACAACGUCGUAGCAGACACGGCUACACGGGCGCUCCUUUACAGCUGCAUCAUCCGUGCAGAGCGGGUGCUCAGCAGAAGCACUGGGUGGCGCCGCUAUACGCCGCUCAAGGUUGUCAAGGCAAGGUUCCAUCAGCAGUACGCCAACACAGUAUGCCUGCUUACCAUGGAGCCGAAGAGCGAUGCUGCGCAGAGCGCUGAAGGCGGUGACAACGACGAUGCCAAGGAAAAAUCGCCUGAUGGCGUGUUAAUAGGCGGUGCUUCAGAGUCCGCUGGAAACUGCCACGAUGGGGAUGCGCAGAUGCUGGCAUCGUGGCCGCAUACGCCCCUGAAUGUGGAGAUGCAGGGAGUGGUACGCAUAUACAACGUGGAGCAGAGUAUCGACACCCCUUACAUGACGAUAAAGCUCACCGAAGGGAUGUGCAGAACGGGGGACGAAAACGCAGAAUUCGAUCCGGAUGCAAUCCCCCAGGGGUCGGUGGUGGACUUCGCGUGGGUCGCCGAGGGGGACCUAACCUGGCGAACAAUGACCCUCCUAGUUAUGUCCAACUACGGCAUGAUAUUCGCCUAUUGCCCAAUCUUGCUUCCGGCGUGCAUCAACACUUUUAGCAGGAAAAAAGGCAUAAUGAAUCUGUCGUUGGACCUCAUGGGCAAGGGCUAUCGCAUGAAAGCGGCUCCGCAGAUGGACCGACUGGCCACUCACGAGGAUGUCGCGCUACUCAUGGGGAGUCUUGCCAACGUAUCGCAAUCAAAAGACGCGGAAACUGCGGGAGACGAGGUUGUAGUUGAACCUUCGGUAUACAAGCUGCAAACGGAGCAAACAGUCAGGCCCAUGUUCGAGGCCAUGAUAGUUAUCGAUACGGAGCCUGAACUCGUCGUCUUGGCGUCAGCAUCCAACGGCCAAGUGACGCUGUAUAAGUCGACGACGCCUGUUGCACCGCGCACUUCCCACUUCUCCUUGCCAGGGACGAAGCCGGGACUAACUCAGUUACAGGUUGACGGCGAUCGCAAGCAAAGCGCUAGAUGCGAAGCGCGUGUAAGCCUGAUACGCAUAUCGGAAAACACGUGCCUGGCACACUCGGUAAUGGGGACGGAUGUACUCACCAUACAUGCAGAAGGAAUCGACGUCAAGAGCGUCGUGAAGACGAGAUCCGCAGGGGAUCAUGUGUACUACCAUUCGCAGCCGCUAAUAGUUGCGGAAUCAGGUCACAAGCACACAUACCAUGCGUUUUGGGACACGUGGUGUGACGUCAAUCGCAAGGUGUACAUGCUACAGGCCAAGUACUGCUACCUUGUAUCCAAUCAGGAACUGAGGCACAUGGCGACUUCGGUUGGUACAACGUCGUUCUUAGAUCGUUCUUAUGAGCGCAAGACAACCGAUGAGCCGUUGAGACGCGUAGAGUUUCCCAUGGUAGCUACAGUGAGAGCGUUGAUUGCAUCGCCUCCGAAGGUGGAACCUACACCCAGCAAGAGCCAGCCCAUCAACAGCUCUAUACAGAAACUGCUACAACGUGCUGCGGAGGCUGAGACCUUUUCCAAGCAGGCUUUCAAAGAUGCCAGAGAGCUUGUUAAGAAGAACAGCGACUUCAAAACGAAAGCUGUUGCGAUUGUUAAGGUGCUAUCAGAAGUGGACUCAAAAAUUAUGUUCUACCUCAAGGGACGCAAGGCAUUCGAGGCCGCUUUGGGGGAGUCGAUCGAAGCGUACAACAAGCUGCACUCGGAGGCGGAAAAGGUCUUUGCCGACCUGCCCGCAUUCCACCAAAGGGUGCAGGACCUAAGAGAACGAGCGCAGAUCAUAAAACGCAACAACGCUGACAUCGAGGAACGCCAACGCAGAAUUGCAUCCAUGAAGCAAGAGUUGCGUCAAUCGGGGCUUAACGACGCCUCGGUGCAACAACUUGCCGACUUCAUAACCCACGUUUAUAUCAAGUGCUCCCAGAACAUGUGCAAGCAGAUCGCAUACAGGGUCAACCAGGACGAUAAGCUCUACAAUUACAAGGAGUGCGUCAAGCGGGUGAUCGACCAGUGGCUCGCGGAAACACUCAACUCCAACAUAGAAACCAUGGAGAAGACCUUCGCCAGAAUUCAAAACAUUCGGAAUCGCAUCAUAGACCUUGGCUGA